CAUACUGUGCAACGUGUCGUGCGCACGAAGUGCGAAACCUUCCGGCCGCAAGAUCCACGAGUCCGACCCACGAGUUGUAACCUAAAUUUUUUUCAAUACCUUUGUGUUCACCGUUCAUAGAUUAGGUUAACCUAUCAAUAUGGACGUACACGCCGAGGAUUCGGCUGAACUCCAAAACGACAGUAAAUUGUUGAACGACUCCAGCGAGAUGAAGGCUCACUUUGUUGCUCCGAUUGUACCAUACAACCCCGACGGCUGGGGUCCAUGCGAACUGCCGGAUCAGUUCAAAGAUAUCCCAUACCAGCCAUUCUGCAAGAGUGACCGCAUUGGCAAGAUUGCUGACUGGUCAAUUCAAGCUACCCACGACAAGAAAUAUCAAAAUAAAUAUGCCUCUCAAUUUGGCUCUGGCAGUCAAUAUGCUUAUUAUCAUGAAGAGGAUGAGUCUUCCUUCCAUCUUGUUGAUAAUACUCGUGUACAGAAACCACCAUAUCAACGUGGAAAGUUCAGGCAACAACGUGGUAUGCGUGGUGGUCGAGGCGGACGUGGUGGUAACAUUGGUGGUCAAAUGCAGUCUCUAAAUAAACUCAGACUCAAAGAAAGAGAACGUAAAGGACAGACUAAACGUUGGGGACGCCAGCAAGGUAUGCGUGGCAAGACUCGUGAUGCUUCAGUCACUGUCAAAGCUGAAUGGGUUACCAUUGAAGAAAUGGACUUCCCAAGAUUGUCAAAAUUGACACUUCCUGGUGUCAAAGAUCCACAAGAUGUUGUCUGCUGUGGUGCCCUGGAGUACUACGACAAGACAUACGACAGAGUUAAUGUCAAGAAUGAGAAGCCCCUGCAAAGAAUCGAUCGUAUCUUCCAUACGGUCACAACCACCGACGACCCCGUCAUCCGCAAAUUGUCAAAGACAGAAGGCAACGUGUAUGCAACAGAUGCUAUUUUGGCCACUAUCAUGUGCAGCACACGCAGUAACUACUCGUGGGAUAUAGUCAUCGAGAAGAUUGGCAACAAGCUGUUCUUCGACAAGCGCGACAACACCGAGUUCGACUUGCUCACUGUGAACGAGACGAGUGUAGAGCCACCGCAGGACGAUGGAAACUCGCUCAACUCGCCAAGAAAUCUGGCCCUCGAAGCCACCUUCAUCAAUCACAAUUUCUCGCAACAAGUCUUGAAAUCCGACAUGAAGUACAAAUUCGACGAGCCCAAUCCGUUCGUGUCGGAGGAGGAGGAAGGCGAAGUCGCCUCCGUUGCUUACAGAUACCGAAAAUGGGAUCUGGGCAACGACAUCACGCUAAUUUGCCGUUGCGAACACGAUGCUGUGACUCAAGGCCCCAACAACGAGACACAGUUCUUGACGAUCAAGGCCCUCAACGAGUGGGACUCGAAGUUGGCCAACGGCGUCGAGUGGCGUCGCAAGCUCGACACCCAACGAGGUGCAGUCCUCGCCAACGAGCUGCGCAACAACGCAUGCAAACUGGCCAAGUGGACGGUCCAGGCUCUGCUGGCUGGCUCCGAUCAGCUCAAGUUCGGAUACGUGUCCAGGGCCAGUGUUCGCGACUCGAGCAAGCACGUAAUCCUCGAGACCCAGCAAUACAAACCCAACGAGUUCGCCAAUCAGAUAAACCUCAACAUGGACAACGCUUGGGGUAUUGUCAGAUGCAUCAUUGACAUCGUGAUGCAACAGAAGGAUGGCAAGUACUUGAUCAUGAAGGAUCCCAACAAGCCAAUGAUCCGUCUCUACGACAUCCCCGACAAUACCUUUGAAAGCGAAGGCGAAGAAGAUGAAGACGAAGAAGUUGAAGAAGAAGUUAAAGAUGCUUUUCAGGCUUAAUUAUGUAUUACAGGGAUAGAACUGUAGUACAUUUUUAAUUCUCAUUUGUAUAUAUCAUCUUCUUUCUGUACAUUAUUGUUGAUACGAUCGUCGAACCACGUGCUGAUAAAAAAUGUUAUCUGUUGCUUUGUACACUCUUUGUAUACUCUAAAAAUCUCGCUGGUCUCAUAACUGCAAGCCUGUGGCCCAUUUUAUUAAUGUGCAUUUGUUGGCCUUAUAAAGAGAUAUUAUUAUUGUACAUUGUUGGGGUCAACGUUGUUUUUGACUGAGUCAGCAGCUGUUAUAAUGCAAGAAGCAAUAUUACUAUUGAAGUGACUACUACUUUGUGCAGUAGAUGAGGAUUUUCCACUCGUGCGUUAUCAAAAUAAUGUUUGAAAAAAAACAAGUUUUUUUUUUGUGAAAAAAGAAAUUUAUAAAAAAUAGAAGUGUAAUAAA